GUCACGCAUGAGGCCUGCAUGAUGUCUUUCAAGAAGGAAACACCCCUGGCCAACGCUGUGUUUUGGGCCGCGAGGAAGGGAAACCUGGCUCUGCUUCAGCUGCUGCUCAACAGCGGGCGAGUGGACGCCGACUGCAAAGACAGUGUACGGACGCUGCAUGUCCCGGCUGCUCGGCUGCACGCUUUAACCAUGACCCACGUGUGUAUGGAACAACAGCACUGAUGGUAGCGUCGUAUAGUGGCCAUUAUGAGUGUGUCAAAGAGCUUAUCAUGCAAGGAGCGGACAUCAACUACCAGAGAGAGACAGGUUCUACGGCUUUGUUCUUCGCCUCCCAGCAGGGGCACCAUGACGUCGUGAAGCUGCUUUUUGAAUUCGGUGCCUCCACAGAAUUCCAGACAAAGGACGGUGGCACGGCUCUCACUGUGGCCUCUCAGUACGGUCACUCCAAAGUAGUGGACAUCUUGUUGAAGAAUGGAGCCAAUGUUCAUGACCAGCUUCAUGAUGGUGCCACAGCCCUUUUCCUAGCUGUCCAGGGGGGGCAUGUAACUGUGAUUCGACAGCUGUUGUCAUCUGGUGCGAAGGUUAACCAAGCCAGACAGGAUGGCACUGCUCCCCUGUGGAUGGCGGCUCAGAUGGGUCACAGUGAGGUGGUGAAGGUGCUGCUCCUGCGUGGAGCAGAUCGGGAAGCUGACAGACGGGAUGGAACAACAGCUUUAUUCAAAGCAGCCUUAAAGGGACACAAUGCCGUCAUUGAGGAGCUCCUUAAAUUUUCUCCUUCCCUUGGCCUUCUCGAGAAUGGCUCUACGCCCCUUCAUGCUGCAGUCAUGAGUGGAAAUAUUCGAACUGUUCUGCUUCUCCUCAGUGCCAACGCAGACCCAACACUACCAAACAAGAAUAACGAACUCCCUGCAGAUCUUACAAAGAGUGAUCGCAUCUUAAAGGUUUUACAUCCAAAAAUCAGCAACGGAGAAAGUUGAUAACUCUUUCCUUCUUCUCCGCCAGUACCGCACCCGUGAAGCGUAGUGGAAGGAAAUACCAACAGCAUCAGCGUCAGAACAGCUCAUCUGUAACACGUCCUGCACACAAGCAUUGCUUUCAGUUGUGGCUGGAAUGAAGAAAUGAAGACUCUGAACAAACAUGGACUAAAUAUAGAGCAACACAAAAUAUAUUUGCCUGCCAGCAUAAUCCUCCACUACAAGCAUUUAUUUUCUCACUGGGAUGGUAAGAUUACAAAAUGUCCCAAGAUAUUUAUUUGCUUCUUUUUUUCAAAUAAAUGUAUAUAAAUGAAGUGUCAGUAUCCAAUUUAACUGUGGCAACAGUGUUUACUAUUGUUAACCACAACGUUUCACAUCGGAGAGCACAUGAAGAUGAAGUAUAAUACAUUGUUUGUUUGUCAUAAUAAAAACGGUUGCACUCAAGGUCGUUAUAAAUAUACACUUGAGAAUCACCGGUGUCACAACUGAUUUAAUAUAAUUAGUCUCUUUCCCUUGCAAAAGGAACAUUUUUCAUCGUUUGGGUGCAGGCAUGACCUAUACAGACUACAGUUCAUGUCAAAGAAAUGAAGAGCUCAUCGCGUGUCACGUGACCCACAGCGGAAGUGAUGGUCAAAUGUUUGAUGCGGAAGCGAGACAAAACAUUUGUGAUGUUUCGGGUUUUAAUUAGUUGGAUGUGAAAACUUAUGUAGCGGCAAACGCGGAGGAAAAUAACUCACAGGGUUUAUUAUUGUUAUCUGACCGUUGCCACCGAAGACUUUACGACGUAAGAGCAACCAAUGGCGGGCGGUAAUUUACAGAAAGCAAUAGAUCUGGCCGGCAAAGCAGCAGAGGAAGACAAAGCCAAAAACUAUGAAGAGGCUCUCAGAUGUUAUCAGCAUGCUGUGCAGUACUUCCUUCAUGUUGUUAAAUAUGAGACGCAAGGGGAGCGAGCGAAGCAGAGCAUCAGGGCCAAAUGUGCCGACUACCUGGAUAGGGCCGAGCAGCUGAAGCAAUAUCUGAAAGAUAAAGAGAAGCCCGCCAAGCCUGUCAAAGAGUCCCAGUCUGAUGAUAAAGGGAGUGAAAGCGAUGAAGGGGAAGACAAAGAGAAGAAGAAAUUCAAAGACCAGCUGUCUGGUGCCAUUGUGAUGGAAAAGCCAAACAUUAAGUGGAACGACGUAGCAGGACUCGAGGGAGCCAAAGAAGCCUUAAAAGAAGCUGUGAUCCUGCCCAUUAAAUUCCCUCAUCUGUUCACAGGUAAGCGGACUCCUUGGCGGGGGAUCCUUCUAUUUGGCCCUCCAGGUACAGGCAAGUCCUACCUGGCCAAGGCGGUGGCCACUGAAGCAAACAACUCCACCUUUUUCUCCGUCUCCUCCUCUGACCUGGUGUCCAAGUGGCUGGGGGAAAGUGAGAAACUGGUGAAGAACUUGUUCGCCUUGGCCCGCGAGCACAGGCCCUCCAUCAUUUUCAUCGACGAGAUCGACUCUCUGUGCGGCUCCAGGAGCGAGAACGAGAGCGAAGCUGCCCGCAGAAUCAAGACGGAGUUCCUCGUCCAGAUGCAGGGUGUCGGAAAUGACAAUGAGGGAAUCCUGGUGCUAGGAGCAACCAACAUACCAUGGACUUUGGAUUCAGCAAUCAGGAGAAGGUUUGAAAAGCGGAUCUACAUUCCUCUGCCCGAGGAGCACGCCCGUUCCUUCAUGUUCAAACUCCACCUGGGCGCCACCCCCAAUGCCCUGACGGACGCGGACUUCGUCACCCUGGGCAAAAAGACCAACGGUUACUCCGGAGCGGACAUCAGUGUCAUCGUCAGGGAUGCCCUCAUGCAGCCCGUCAGGCGCGUUCAGUCAGCCACUCACUUCAAAAAGGUCCGAGGGUCAACGUGGAACGACCCGGGCACCGUGGUGGAAGACCUUCUGACGCCGUGCUCCCCUGGGGAUCCUAACGCCAUAGAGAUGACGUGGAUGGACGUUCCCGGGGAGAAACUCCUGGAGCCGGUCGUGUCCAUGGGGGACAUGCUCCGGUCCCUGAGCAACACCAAGCCCACGGUCAACGAGCAGGACCUGGACAAGCUGAAGAAGUUCACUGAGGAUUUUGGUCAAGAAGGC